UGAGGAAUUUUAUUGAUAAAAUGAUUUUGUUUCUAAAAUCAGGUUGUACUUGGAAGACAAUGGCUGGGAUCCUCAGUUCAGUGAUUUCUGCAUAGAAGAUAACUCUUGUGACUCUUCAUCUCUGAUGGAAAUGUUUUUGAAUGAUCCGUUGCUGUCAACGUUGGAUAUGGAACCUGAAGUACUAACCUUAACAACUCAAGGAGAUGAUAAUGGUGGUGCUGGGAAUGAAUGGGUGAGUUGUGGUCUUAGUAUUGGUGAUGGGCAGAUUCAAACAUAUCAGAAUCAUCACUUUGUGGGGAGUCUUGGGACUGCAAAUUCAAGCCAUGAUGAUAAUGGAGGGAAGAAAGAUGAUAAUGGUGGUGGUGGGUGCAAAAGUGCACUAAUGUUGUCCAAAAAAACCAUCUCCAACUACUUCUACAUGCCCAUAAAUCAAGCAGCAAAGGAGCUCAACGUCGGCUUAACUCAGUUGAAGAAGAGAUGCCGGAUGUUGGGAAUCCGCCGGUGGCCUCACCGGAAGUUGAACAGUCUUCAAACCUUAAUCAACAAUGUUCAGAAAAUUGGAAACAGUGAAGGUGUGGUGAUGGCUAGAGAGGCUAUAGAAUUGCUGGAGAGGGAGAAGAAGCAGGUGGAAGAAAUUCCAGAUGUGGAGCUUGAAGACACAACCAAAAGGUUAAGGCAAGCUUGUUUCAAGGCUAAUUACAAAAAACGAAGGCUCUUGGAAAUCCAACAAUCCUUCUUAGUUCAACAGCCUUAGAAGAUUAGAUGUGAUGCAAUAUAUAUAUAAUCCAUGAUUUGUAGUGAAGACAACUUUUUUUUUUGGUGUAAUGACUUGAUUUCUGUGAUGUUGGAUGGUAUUUUCUA